UCCGAUUUAAAGGUCUUCAAUGAUGUCCAGUGGUAGCGAAACACAGACCUCUUCACCUCCUCCAACCAAACGAUCGAGAGUGGAAUCUGAAUCUCCAGCUGCUCUUAACUGCUGUAAUACCAACAACAUCUCUCCUGUCAAAACGAUUGAUAUGGCCAAGAAUGGGACUGAAGACCAAAACAUCAUUGAUGAAAGUUUGUAUUCCCGUCAACUAUAUGUAUUGGGACACGAUGCUAUGCGGCGCAUGGCACACUCAAACAUACUUAUUUCGGGCAUCAAAGGACUUGGCGUCGAAAUAGCCAAGAAUGUUGUUCUGGGUGGUGUGAAAUCCGUCACAAUCCACGACACGGAAAAUGCUGAAUGGGCUGACCUAGCAUCGCAGUUCUUCCUGCGAGAAGAGGAUGUUGGCAAGAAUCGUGCUGAAGUCAGUGCCCCACGACUGGCAGAAUUGAACAAUUAUGUCCCGGUGAAUUGUUAUAUGGGUGAUUUGAACGAAGAGUUCUUGAAAAAAUUCCAGGUUAUUGUGCUGACCACCAGUAGUUUGGACGAGCAACAAAGAAUAAAUGACCUCUGUCGGAAAUUUGGAAUGAAGUUCAUUGUAGCCAACACUAAGGGCUUGUUUGGGUACCUUACUUCAACCCUAAAUGAGCAGUUGUUGUUGUUGCAGGACUCUGAAGGUAUUGUCACAUGUUUAGACGAAGCAAGACAUGGUUAUGAAGAUGGUGAUUAUGUAUCGUUUAACGAAGUUCAAGGAAUGACAAAUCUCAAUACUUCAGAUCCAAUCAAAAUAAAGGUUCUGGGACCGUACACAUUCAGUAUUGGAGACACCUCAGCCAAUCCUCAAUAUAACUGUGGAGGGAUUGUGAAGAAAGUAAAAAUGCCAAAAAAGUUAGAUUUUAAACCCUUGAGAGAAGCCAUUGCAAACCCUGAAUAUGUUGUGACUGAUUUUGCCAAAUUUGAUCGCCCUCCUCUUUUACAUUUGGCCUUCCAAGCCCUGGAUGAAUUUGUGAAAACCCAUAGUUCUUUACCCAAACCCAGGAAUGAGGAAGAUGCUGAAAAGUUUCUUGCCAUCUGUAAAGAGCUAAAUGCUGGUUCUGCUAACGCAGUUGAAGAACUGGAUGAAACUGUGCUGAAAGAGUUCUCAUACCAAUCUCGUGGCGAUAUAUGUCCGAUCCAGGCUUUCAUUGGUGGAGUAACAGCCCAAGAAGUUAUGAAGGCAUGUAGUGGCAAGUUUAUGCCAAUUUUCCAAUACCUCUACUUCGACUCCUUGGAAAGUCUCACAGGGAAGGGAUCCUCAGAUAAUCUCACUGAAGAAGCAUGUAAAGCUCAAAACUGUCGUUAUGAUGGACAAAUAAUGGUGUUUGGUGAUGCUUUUCAGAAAACUCUUGCUGACCUGAAGUAUUUCUUGGUUGGCGCCGGUGCUAUUGGCUGUGAAAUGUUAAAGAACUGGUCCAUGAUGGGUCUGGCAGCAGGAGGUUCUGGCAGUGUGGUGGUCACUGACAUGGACCUUAUUGAGAAGUCCAAUUUAAAUCGUCAGUUCCUCUUUAGGCCCUGGGAUGUCCAGAAAUCGAAAUCCCAUUGCGCUGCUGCUUCUGUCAAAAGCAUGAACCCUUCCCUCAAUAUAAUUCCUCACGAGAACCGUGUCGGACCAGACACUGAGAACAUCUAUACCGAUGACUUCUUUGAAAAUCUCGAUGCUGUCACCAAUGCCCUGGACAAUGUGGAUGCAAGAAUGUAUAUAGACAGACGUUGUGUAUACUAUUGUAAACCCCUUUUGGAAUCUGGAACGCUUGGUACAAAAGGAAACGUUCAAUGGGCCCGUGACCAGUUUGAGGGUUUUUUCAAACAACCAAUGGAGAAUGCAGCUCAGUACAUAUCUGAUCCUAAAUUCAUGGAGAGAAUCUUAAAGUUAGGUGGUAACCAGCCGGUUGAAACCUUAGAAUCUGUUAAGAGGGCACUGAUCAAUGAGAAACCACACAGUUUCCAGGAUUGUGUGGUUUGGGCUCGAACCAUGUGGCAGGAAAACUACAGUAACCAAAUCAGACAGCUACUCUUCAACUUCCCUGCUGACCAGGUGACCAGUUCUGGAGCCCCCUUCUGGUCUGGACCGAAACGCUGUCCGCAUGGAUUGACAUUUGAUGUUAAUAACCCAGUGCACCUCGACUACAUUGUCGCUGCAGCUAACCUGAGAGCAGAGAUGUACGGUAUCAAACAGCUACGUGACCGACUGGCCGUCGCAGAGCUGGUGCAGAAGGUUGAUCUCCCAGAGUUUGUCCCCAAAUCUGGCAUCAGGAUUGAUCUCACUGAUGCUGAAGCACAAUCCCGGCAGAAUGAUGCCAACUAUGAUGAAGAGCAGAUCCAGAUAUUGAGGGAUAGUCUACCAAGCCCUGAAUCCUUAUCCAACAUCAAGCUGACCCCUAUUGAAUUUGAGAAGGACGACGACGACAAUCUUCACAUGGAUUUCAUUGUUGCAGCUUCCAAUUUGAGGGCCGAGAACUACGACAUCCCACCUGCUGACAAACACAAGAGUAAACUGAUUGCUGGUAAAAUUAUCCCUGCCAUUGCCACGACCACCUCUUUGAUUGUUGGUUUGGUGUGUCUGGAGAUGUGUAAGUUAGUCCAGAAGCACAAGAAAAUAGAAUCAUAUAAAAACGGUUUUGUUAAUUUGGCGUUGCCAUUCUUUGCCUUCUCCGAACCAAUCUUGGCACCAAAACACAAGUACUAUGAUACAGAGUUCAGUUUGUGGGACAGGUUUGAGGUCGAAGGUGACAUGACUUUAAAGGAAUUUAUUGAUUAUUUCCAGACCAAGUACGACCUUGAGAUAACCAUGUUGUCACAGGGUGUGUGUAUGUUAUACUCCUUCUUUAUGACCCCUUCAAAACGACAGGAGCGCAUGGUCCUACCGUUGUCAGAGGUGGUGAAACGGGUGUCCAAGAAGAAGAUCCCUCCUUACGUCAAGGCCCUUGUGCUGGAGCUCUGCUGUAAUGACAGUGACGGGGUCGAUGUCGAGGUGCCUUAUGUGAAGUACCUCUUGCCUGCACACCAUUGAACACAUACUCCUCUCACUGCACCUCCUCUCACACUCUUUCUCUCUUCCUCUCUCUCUCUCACACACAAAUACACACACACACACACACACACACACACACACACACACACACACACACACACACAA